AUUGAGUGGAUAAAGAGUAGAGUGGCAGUCGCGUGAUAAAGUGAUUUUACGAAUUGCAAUAAUUCAAUCUGUGGUAUCACGUGAAUUAAGUCGCAUAGGUAUAUAAUUUGAAAUGCCUUUUAAAAGAAAUUGGGAUGAAUCAUGUCCUCGAGUUUGGGAUAAAUGGGAGGCUAACGGCCAGGAGUGGGUUGUCCAGGACUUGGACCCGAAAGACGAUGAAGAGGCAGUUGAUAUUUUAGUGGGACAUCUUUGUACUGAUGAAAUUCUUUGCUCCUUAAGCAAGAUUUCGGAAGAUGCAGAAAGUAUCGAGGGCUUAAGGAAGUUCUGGGCCCUCUGUAUUGCGCAGAGGAUGUGUCCUGCGAUCUACACCUGGGUAGAUGGUAAGAAGACCCUGGUAGGUUUAAACGUGUGCGCCGUUAUGACUUCUGGUGAUACUUUUCCAGGUGUUGAGAUCAAAGCUGAGAAAUGGAAGAACGUGCAUAACGGGCUAGGGUACGUGGAAAUCAAGCGAGAUCCACAUAAAUACUUGGGACUGGAUUUACUGUUACAUGCGUUUGGGCUUGUUGUGAAAAGAGAAUACAGAGGACAUAGGCUUGGAGCCAAAUUGUUGGCUGCUAGAGAGCCACUAUCAAAAGCAAAUGGGAUCAAAGGUACUACGACGGUAUUUACGGUUCAAGCAUCACAGAAAUUGGCGGCUAGCUGUGGCUUCGAAACUAUUUGCGAAGCAUCCUGGAAGGACCUGGCUGAUUCAGGAUUAGACUAUCCUCCUGAACCUAAUAAAUUUAUUAAACUUAUGGUUAAGCGAUAUGACUAACUUUAGUAUAACCAUAGAUUUUACCGGAUAGAACUGGAUUAGCUAUACAUUAGCGCUAAGUGUGCAUUUAUUAAGGUCACUAAACUAAGGUCCGAAUUACCUUAAGCUGUUUUUGGGGUAAGGGAAGCCAGUACACAGCUGUUCAAAACUAAAUAUCUAAGUUGUAAAUCAUAUUCCACAUAAAACCAUAUUGCCCGUAACAAAAAGUUAUUUAUUUUUUAAGUAGUUUUAUCAAUAUAUUUAAUGACACACGAAUUCAACAUAUAUAUUAUAUAUUGUCUUUUCAAGGUCUCCAGAUUAGUUCUGUGCUUUUUCAGAUGAUUGAUAUAUUUUCUACGAUAAGAAGUAUUAUUUCUUAUACACAAUAGUUGAUAAAUUUUAUUGUCUUGAAUAAACAUUUUAUUUAACAA